AUGGCACCCAGUAGUAAUAGUGCUGCGCAUGCUAGAAACAGAUUCAAGCGUACUCUUUCUGAAAAGACUCGGAUGUCUUUCAAAGAUGAUGGUCUGGAUGUUUUGGUGUAUUUGGCUUACAUAAAGUUUUUAACAAGAUUACAAAAUAAAGUGAAUGAGAAGAAGGCAACCAAUGGGACUCCAGAGAAUUUGUUAAGUUUCUAUAAGGAGGCAUCUGAGGAGACUAUGAGGGAGUUUAGAGGCUGA